CGCGGCUCCAGCGGCGGCCGCCUCAGCCCCUCACAGCGACGGCGGCGGCCGCGGCGGAGUCGGUGGCGGUGGCUGCGGGCUGAGCGGCUAGUUUCCGACUUCAAGCUGAGCUGCCAGGAAAAUGGCGGCGGGAGAAUCAAAAUAUUUGCUCAACAGUGGACUCGGAGACCAUUAAAAAUAAACUCCCACUUGAACAUCAUUUGACUGCAUAGCCAGUCACUAAUGUAUAAUCAGGAUGAGUGGGUUAGGAGAAAAUUUGGAUCCACUGGCCAGUGACUCACGAAAACGCAAAUUGCCAUGUGAUACUCCAGGACAGGGUCUUACCUGCAGUGGUGAAAAGUGGAGACGAGAGCAGGAGAGUAAAUAUAUUGAAGAAUUGGCUGAACUGAUAUCUGCAAAUCUUAGUGAUAUUGACAAUUUCAACGKCAAACCAGAUAAAUGUGCAAUUUUAAAGGAAACAGUAAGACAGAUACGUCAAAUAAAAGAGCAAGAGGACAGAACCCAGGGCUUUUUGCAAGCCCCAGCCCCUGCAUUGGAUGGUUUCCUGUUCGUGGUGAAUCGAGAUGGAAACAUUGUAUUUGUGUCAGAAAAUGUCACACAAUACCUGCAAUAUAAACAGGAGGACUUGGUUAACACAAGUGUGUAUAAUAUUUUGCAUGAAGAAGAUAGAAAGGAUUUUCUUAAAAACUUACCAAAAUCUACAGUUAAUGGAGUUUCCUGGACAAGUGAAACCCAGAGACAAAAAAGCCAUACAUUUAAUUGCCGUAUGUUGAUGAAAACAACACACGAUAUUCUGGAAGACAUGAAUACCAGUCCUGAAAUGCGCCAGAGAUACGAAACAAUGCAGUGCUUUGCCUUGUCUCAGCCACGAGCUAUGAUGGAGGAGGGGGAAGAUUUGCAGUCCUGUAUGAUCUGUGUGGCUCGUCGCAUUACUACAGGAGAAAGAACAUUUCAGUCAAAUCCUGAGAGCUUUAUUACUAGACAUGAUCUUUCAGGGAAGGUGGUCAAUAUAGACACAAAUUCACUGAGAUCCUCCAUGAGGCCUGGUUUUGAAGAUAUAAUCCGAAGGUGUAUCCAGAGAUUUUUCAGUCUUAAUGAUGGCCAGUCAUGGUCCCAGAAACGUCACUAUCAAGAAGCUUAUAUUCAUGGCCACGCGGAAACCCCAGUGUAUCGAUUCUCGUUGGCUGAUGGAACUAUAGUGACUGCACAAACAAAAAGCAAGCUCUUUCGGAAUCCUGUGACAAAUGACCGCCAUGGCUUUGUCUCAACCCACUUUCUUCAGAGAGAACAGAAUGGGUAUAGACCAAACCCAAAUCCUGUGGGACAAGGCAUUAGACCUCCUGUAGCUGGAUGCAACAGUUCAGUAGGAGGCAUGAAUAUGUCACCAAACCAAGGAUUACAGAUGCUGAGCAGCAGGGCCUACGGCUUGACAGACCCCAACGCCACAGGGCAGAUAAGUGGAACGAGGUAUGGGGCUUCCGGUAACAUAGCCUCAUUGACCCCUGGGCCAGGCGUGCAGUCACCAUCUUCCUACCAGAAUAAUAACUAUGGGCUCARUAUGGGUAGCCCCCCACAUGGCAGUCCAGGUCUUGGCUCCAACCAGCAGAACAUCAUGAUUUCUCCUCGAAAUCGUGGGAGCCCGAAGAUGRCAUCACACCAGUUUUCUCCUGUUGCAGGUGUGCACUCUCCUAUGGGGUCUUCUGGCAGUACUGGGAGCCACAACUUUUCUAGCAGCUCUCUCAGUGCCCUGCAAGCCAUCAGUGAGGGUGUGGGCACCUCCCUUUUAUCUACUCUGUCUUCACCAGGCCCCAAGUUGGAUAACUCGCCCAAUAUGAAUAUAACACAACCAAGUAAAGUUACCAGUCAAGAUUCCAAGAGUCCCCUAGGUUUGUACUGUGAUCAAAAUCCGGUAGAGAGCUCAGUGUGUCAGUCAAAUAGCAGAGAUCACCUCAAUGACAAAGAAAGUAAGGAGAGCAGUGGUGAAGGGUCAGAGAAUCAACGGGGUCCUUUGGAAAGCAAAGGUCAUAAAAAGUUACUGCAGUUACUGACCUGCUCUUCUGAUGACCGAGGUCAUUCUUCCUUGACCAACUCCCCUUUGGAUUCAAGUUGUAAAGACUCUUCUGUUAGUGUCACCAGCCCCUCUGGAGUCUCCUCCUCAACAUCAGGAGGAGUGUCCUCCACAUCCAAUAUGCAUGGGUCRCUGUUGCAAGAGAAACACCGUAUUUUGCACAAGUUGCUGCAGAACGGGAAUUCACCAGCUGAGGUAGCCAAGAUUACUGCAGAAGCCACUGGGAAAGAUACCAGCAGUACUACUACUUGUGGUGAAGGAAAUGUCAAGCAGGAGCAGCUAAGUCCUAAGAAGAAGGAGAACAAUGCACUUCUUAGAUACCUACUGGACAGGGAUGAUCCUAGUGAUGCGCUCUCUAAAGAACCCCAGCCCCAGGUGGAAGGAAUGGACAAUAAAAUGAGUCAGUGCAGCAGCUCCACCAUUCCCAGCUCAGGUCAAGAAAAAGACUCGAAAAUUAAGACAGAAACAAGUGAAGAGGUAUCUGGAGACUUGGAUAAUCUAGAUGCUAUUCUGGGUGAUCUGACUAGUUCUGACUUUUAUAAUAAUCCCAUAUCCACAAAUGGCAGUCAUCUAGGGACCAAGCAACCAAUGUUCCAAGGAACAAAUUCUCUGGGUUUGAGAAGCCCACAGUCUGUGCAGUCUGCUCGUCCUCCGUAUAACCGUGCAGCAUCUCUAGAUAGCCCUGUUUCUGUUGGCUCAAGUCCCUAUGGCCAAGCAGCACCAGCUAAUCAACCAGGUUCCUGGCCAGAUGGCAUGAUGUCCAUGGAACAAGGGCCCCAUGUGCCUCAAAAUAGACCUCUUCUCAGGAAUUCCCUGGAUGAUCUCCUUGGGCCACCUUCUAACCCAGAAGGCCAGAGUGAUGAGAGAGCAUUGUUGGACCAGCUACACACACUCCUGAGUAAUACAGAUGCCACAGGCCUGGAGGAAAUUGACAGAGCUUUGGGUAUCCCUGAACUUGUAAAUCAGGGACAAGCUUUGGAGCCCAAACAAGAUGCCUUCCAAGGCCAAGAAGCAGCAGUACUGAUGGAUCAGAAGGCAGCUUUGUAUGGGCAGACAUAUCCAGCACAGGGGCCUCCGAUGCAAGGAGGCUUUAAUCUUCAGGGACAAUCGCCGUCUUUUAACUCUAUGAUGACUCAGAUGAACCAGCAAGGCAGUUUCCCUCUCCAAGGAAUGCACCCCAGGGCCAACAUCAUGAGACCCCGGACAAACACUCCCAAGCAACUUAGAAUGCAGCUUCAGCAGAGGCUGCAGGGCCAGCAGUUCUUGAAUCAGAGCCGGCAGGUGCUUGAAAUGAAAAUGGAAAACUCCGCUGCUGCUGCUGCUGCCGCUGCCGCCGCAGCAAUCAGGCCCAUGAUGCAGCCCCAGCAGGGUUUUCUGAAUGCCCAGAUGGUUGCCCAACGCAGCAGAGAGCUGCUAACUCACCACUUCCGACAGCAGAGGGUGGCGAUGAUGAUGCAGCAGCAGCAACAGCAGCAGCAACAGCAGCAGCAGCAGCAGCAGCAGCAGCAGACCCAGGCCUUCAGCCCACCCCCAAAUGUGACCGCUUCCCCCAGCAUGGAUGGGGUUUUGGCAGGACCUGCCAUGCCCCAAGCUCCACCACAGCAAUUUCCAUAUCCACCAAAUUAUGGAAUGGGACAACAACCAGAUCCAGCUUUUGGUCGAGUGUCCAGUCCUCCUAAUGCAAUGAUAUCAUCAAGAAUGGGCCCCUCUCAGAAUCCCAUGAUGCAGCAUCCUCAGACGGCACUGUAUCCGUCCUCAGAAAUGAAGGGCUGGCCAUCAGGAAAUGUGGCCAGGAACAGCUCAUUUCCCCAGCAGCAGUUUGCGCACCAGGGGAAUCCUGCAGCAUACAGCAUGGUGCACAUGAAUGGCAGUAGUGGUCACCUGGGACAGAUGAACAUGAAUUCCAUGCCCAUGUCUGGCAUGCCCAUGGGUCCUGAUCAGAAAUAUUGCUGAUGUCUCCAAACCUGGACCUCUGAGGAAAUCACUGUACAAAUGACACUGCACUAGGAUAAUCCGGAGGUAAAGAAUCAUUGUCCAGGUGUCCAGCUUUGAAGCAAGGACCAGCUUUGAUCUCCGCAGGGCUAUUCCAAGUGAUGUCACUUGGGCAGGACUGGAUCUGAAGCUGAAGUGCGACAUCUACCUGUCCCUCCCCCGCUCCCCCACUUCUGUAUAUCAUGGUAUUCAAAACAAAUGUUUUUAGCAUUCUGCCUCCUAGGGAUGUGAAUCUGGAGAUAUGGAGUGUUUAUUACAGAACUCCUGUGUCACUUCCUUCUGCCUUGCUAGCCAGUCUUUCAAAUAGAUGUAAGUGGACCAGAGAGCAUUGGAGAAACCAGGGACCACCAGAACACCUGGUUUUU